AUGGUUGAUCAUGGUCUGAGGUUUGAGGUUGAUCAAGGGAGAGCUGUCACGACCACCGGAGACUGUCUGACCACCGGGGGAGACUGUCGACCAGAGACUGUCAGACCACCGGGGAGACUGUCACGACCACCGAGACUGUUCGACCACGGGAGACUGUCACGACCACCGGGAGACUGUCACGACCACAGGGGAGACUGUCGACCGGGGAGACUGUCGACACCGGGGAGACUGUCACGCCACCGGGGAGACAUCGACCACCGGGGAGACUGUCACGACCACCGAGACUGUCACGACCACCGGGGGACUGUCACGACCAGGAAGACUGUCACGACCACCGGGGAGACUGUAACGACCACCGGGAGACUGUCGACCACCGGGGCAGACUGUCGACCACCGGGAGACUGUCACGACCACCGGGAGGAGACUGUCGACCACCGGGAGACUGUCACACCAGAGACUGUCACGACCACCGGGAGACUGUCACGACCACCGGGGAGACUGUCGACCACCGGGGCGUCCACCGGGAGACUGUCAGACCACUGGAGACUGUCACGACCACCGGGGGCGAGACUGUCAGGGAGACUGUCACGACCACAGGGAGACUGUCACGACCACCGGGGAGACUGUCACGACCACAGGGGAGACUGUCACGACCACCGGGGAGAUUAUCCCGACCACCGGGGAGACUGUCACGACCACCGAGACUGUCACAACCGGGGAGACUGUCGACCACCGGGGAGACUGUCACGACCACCGGAGACUGUCACGACCACCGGGAGACUGUCACGACCACCGGGGAGACUGUCACGACCACCGGGGAGACUGUCACGACCACGUGAGACCGGGGACUGUCACGACCACCGGGAGACUGUCACGACACCGGGGGAGACUGUCACGACCACCGGGGGACUGUCCCGACCACCGGGGGAUUACCACCGGAGACUGUCACGACCACCGGGGGCUGUCAUUGAGGGGCUGUCACGACCACCGGAGACUGUCACGACCACCGGGAGACUGUCACCGGGAGACUGUCACGACCGGGGAGACUGUCGACCACCGGGGGACUGUUUCCACCGGGGACUGUCACGACCACCGGGGGACUGUCGACCACUGGGGGGGCUGUCACGACCACCGGGGAGACUGUCACGACCACCGGAGACUGUCGACCCUGGGGAGACUGUCAACCACCGGGAGACUGUCACGACCACCGGGGAGACUGUCGACCACCGGGGCUGUCGACCACCGGGAGACUGUCACGACCACCGGGAGACUGUCACGACCACCGGGGAGACUGUCACGACCACCGGGAGACUGUCGACCACCGGGGAACUGUCACGACCACCGGGAGACUGUCACGACCACUGGGGAGACUGUCAGACCACCGGGGAGACUGUCACGACCACAGGGGAGACUGUCACGACCACCUGGGGAGACUGUCACGACCACCGGGGGGGCUGUCGACCACCGGGGACUCUGACCACCGGGGAGACUGUCACGACCACCGGGGAGACUGUCGACCACCGGGGGCUGUCUGACCACCGGGAGACUACUGUCACAUACCGGAGACUGUACGACCACCGGGGAGACUGUCACGACCACCGGGGGACUGUCGACCACCGGGAGACUGUCACGACCACCGGGGAGACUGUCACGACCACCGGGACUGUCGACCACCGGGGGUCGCGACGAGACUGUCACGACCACCGGGGAGACUGUCAGACCACCGGGGGAGACUGUCGACCACCGGACUGUCACGACCACCGGGAGACUGUCACGACCACCGGGGACUGUCACGACCACCGGGGAGACUGUCAGCACAGGGAGACUGUCACGACCACCGGGGGAGACUGUCGACCACCGGGGGAGACUGUCACGACCACCGGGGAGACUGUCACGACCACCGGGAGAGACUGUCACGACCACCGGGGAGACUGUCACGACCACCGGGGAGACUGUCACGACCACCGGGGAGACUGUCGUACCGGGGAGACUGUCGCCACCGGGGAGACUGUCACGACCACCGGGGACUGUCACGACCACCGGGGAGACUGUCGACCACCGGAGACUGUCGACCACCGGGGCUGUCACGACCACCGGGGAGACUGUCACGACCACCGGGGGGACUGUCACGACCACCGGGGGAGACUGUCUGACCACCGGGAGACUGUCACGACCACCGGGGAGACUGUCACGACCACCGGGACUGUCGCGACCACCGGGAAGUUCACGACACCGGGGAGACUGUCACGACCACCGGGAGACUGUCUGACCACUGGGGGCUGUCACGACCACUGGGGAGACUGUCACGACCGGGGAGACUGUCAUGCACCGGGGGUGUCGACCACCGGGGACUGUCACGACCACCGGGGAGACUGUCACGACCACCGGGGACUGUCACGACCACCGGAGACUAUCGACCACCGGGACUCGACCAGGGGGAGAUGUCACGACCACCGGGGAGACUGUCACGACCACCGGGGAGACUGUCACGACCACGGGGGGAUUGUCACGACCACCGGGAGACUGUCACGACCACCGGGGGGACUGUCGACCACCGGGAGACUCGACCACCGGGGAGAUGUCGACCACCGGGAGACUGUCACGACCACCAGGGAGACUGUCACGACCACCGGGAGACUGUCACGACACCGGGGUGACUGUCACGACCAGGGAGACUGUCACACCGGGGGGAUCACGACCACCGGGGAGACUGUACGGCAGAUCACGUGGGUUGAAAUAGAUCGAUAG